CUUAGACAACUAUCGAUGCUACUACACCCAACGAUUUCUUAGUUAUUUUCAUACUUUCCCUACAGUGGCAUGUCCACAUACAUCCCUAUUCACGACCGUCCCCCACAUUACGCCAAUCUUCCAUCUCCGCCUUCCAACAGCAGACAGCCCAGACCACCGCGUUACUCCAGUCCAGAUAUCGAUCCCGACAUUCCACUCGCAAGAAUGUCUUCGGCUCAUGAAUCAGAUCCUUCCGAACAGGCCAAUGCCACACAAUCAGGAGAUUAUGUCCCCAGGCAAAGAGUAGGGAGUCAAGGAGCCGAGCAAGAAGGACAGAGUCGGAAAAGGGCUAGGACUUCUCCGUCACACUCAGGAGGGAACGGGAGCUACGUUCCGAGACAACGGACAGAGGAGAGUCAUCAUUCGCAUCAUAAUGGACAUUCUGGACAUGCGCAAUCCGAUCAACAUGGCAAUGGACAGGUGUAUCGACCAAGGCAUGGUCAAGCUCCCUUGACCGGUUCCAUCUUCAACCUUUCACCGAGGAAUCCGUUUACAUCUGUCGUCGGUGACUUUAUCAUGAAUGCUGCUAUGGGCCAUAGCAACGUUGAAAUUGAGCUCAAAUUGGGAACAUUCAUGACCCCGUCAAUGCCCGGCCAGCAACCACGGCGGAUCAACAUGCCCACACUCAGUGAGAUGAUCAUACCACACGAUUAUCCGAAUGGACCAUUUGUUUCAACUAUUAACCAUUUGCACCAUCGUACGCUCAACGAACUCCUCAAUCGCGCCGUCGAAUCUCAAAGUACCCACCCUACCGGACGGCUUUACUUUUCCCGCUCCAAGCUCGCCGACUCAUUCUACGAUCAUAGCGAACAUGGGCACGGUAAAGUGAGGGUCUCGAGGGAUAUGGAUAAUGGACACGUCGUACAGGCUGUGGAAAAGAGGAGAAUUGCGGAUCUGAAUGUGUACUGUCCUGGUAUGGCGUACGAUUUUAGGAUUAGCGUGAACACCGAAACGCCUUGUGAAGUACCAACCGGAAACGCUAAAUCUGUGCGAUACAAGGAUAGAGCGUGUUACAGACAUCAAGUCUGUCGAGUUGAUCUCACUAGCGUGUUUUCUUCUAAUCCAAGAAACGCCGAUGUUCCGCCUUCGCGAUCAUUCGAGCUCGAAAUUGAAGUCCUUGAUGUCCCAGCAUUACUUGCGGAAGGCGCUGCUCAAAGCGAACGGUUCGACGAAAUCUUACAGAAUGUCCUCGAUAGCGCUCGGAUGUUGGUGAAGAAUAUAUAACUACCAACGACUCUUGAUACCUCGCGCUUUUCUCUGUACACUGCCAUCCCAUAUAUGCAUAAAAUAGACCAAAUCUAAAGUGCAUGAACAAAUGA